CUUGCAUGCUACCCACCAAUAUAAGUAAACAAUAAACUAUAAACAAUGUAUUAAAUAGUAGAAAAAAAUUGUCUAAUCGAUUAAUCGAAGAAACAAUUCUGAAAAAUGCCUUAUUGUUGCGUUUCAAAUUGUUAUAACAAGACGGAAAAAGGCUCCCGAUUGUUUGCUUUGCCACAAGGAAAACGAAAUGAAGAAAGAAGAAAACAGUGGUUAAAAUGCAUAUACAGAGAUGAUUUACCCCUAAACGCAUUUGUUUGUGAGGAUCAUUUUACUGAUGAUCAAUUCGAGAAUCACAAAGUCAACAAUGCUAGACUUCUAAAAGUUACCGCAGUACCCACAAUAUUUUUUUCUACCAAAGAAGCAGCUAGACGAUUGACUUUAAAAAAAGAGUCGUCGACAGAUUCUGUCAAGAAAAAAAAUAAAGAUAUAGUUGUCAUGUGUCGAACAUGUCUGAUGUAUAAGAAAAAAGAAUCAUCUUCAAUAUUGACAAUGCUCGUUGGCGGUAAAACAGUGAAGGAAAUGGUGUUGCGGCUCAUACCUCAAAUUGCUCAAACUAUUACUGAUGAUAUGUACGUUUGUAACAAAUGUGUGAGGUGCUUAUGUAAAUGUAUCGAGUUCAUUGAUAAUUGCCUCGAGUUAGAAACAAAAAUACUAGAUGGUCAAAUAGUUUAUGAUCUUGAAGAGUUAGAGCAAACCGAAGACGAGGACACCGAUUCAGAUUGUAAACAAAAAACAUCACCACCAAAUUCUGUGAAACAAUUGGAGAUCGGAGAAUCCACAGAAGAAAAUAUUGUAGGGAAGAGCUGUGCACCAAAAAUGGAUUCAUCCGAAGUAUCCAGAGAAAAUAAUCCAGAUCAACUUCCACCAAAUUUACAAAAGAUAUCAGAGAAUAGCCAUCCAUUACGGACCGGAAAAUCCACAGGAAAAUAUAUUGUAGGGAAGAGCUAUCUAUUAAAAAUGGACCCAUCCAAAGAAUCUAUGGAAAAUAAUGCAGAUCAAAUUCCACCAAAUUUACAAAAUAUAUCGGAUAAAAACCAUCCAUUACAGAUCGGAGAAUGCACAAGAAAAAAUAUUGUAGGGAAGAGCUGUCUAUUAAAAAUGGAUCCAUCUGAAGAAUCCAUGAAAAAUAAUGCAGACCAAAUUUCACCAAAUUCACAAAAUAUAUCGGAGAAAAGCCAUCCACUACCAAAGGCUGAAUCAGAAAGUUCCAUGGAAAAUAAGCAUGACGAACAAAUUCCACCAACUUCUGCAAUUGAAACACAGGUAAAAUGUAAUCUAUCAAAAAUUGAUUCAUCCGAUAAAACCACAGAAGAUAAAAACAUUGAUAUCAUUCCAACAACUCCUGUGAAGAAAAUGAAAAUAAACGUUAUAUUGAAGACAAAAGUACCUACAAAUUCAACAAGAGAAGAAAAUGCAUCCAGGCAUCCAAAGAAUAAUCAGGACACAAUUUUAAAUGAAAAUCAUGAAGAAAAACAAGUUAACAGGAAGAAGUUGAGCAAAAAACCAGCAGAAGACACUCCAGACAUUGACGUUACAAAAACACCAAGGGCAGUAAGAAGUAGUACCCGAAACAGGACACAAAGAAAACUUGACGACUGUGCAAAAGAUGAAGAAAUUGAUGCUUAUCUAAUAGAAAAUUUCGACGGGGAAAAAGCAGAUGAUUUGGAAACGGCAACACCAAAAAGGGGUAGGAAACGAAAAGACGUUGACGUUGAUUACAAAGUGGAACCAAUAGAAGAAACAGGCGCGGCAGAUGAAUCUCGGAAGCCAAUUAAACAAAAGAAACUCACUAGCAAACAUACCGUAGAAGUGUCACAUAAAAGGGAUACAUCUCCAGAACUACAAGUACUCUAUAACCCUUCAAAAGGGACUAUUCGAACUUAUGAAAGAAAAAAGAAAAGUGUAGAGACGGAAAUAAAGAGUCCAGUGGAAGGAGAUUCAGAAUCGUCAACUGCAGUAAUAGUCAUUGUGUCGCAACAAAAUACUGAUGAAAUAAUUUCAGAUGAAUCACAAAAUCAAAUCCCCAAACAGAGUCAUUCAUUGGAGGAUGAAAAAAUAAUUGCUGGUGCUGCUUCAGAGGAAUCAAAUGAAAUGUCCAAAUCCAACAGAAGUUGUCAAGACAUUGAACAUAAUUCAGAAGUUCAGCCUCUGCGUCCAUUGCAAACUUAUGGAAGAAAAAAGGGGACAAUAAAUAAUACCAAUAUAGAAAAAAUGAGUCAGAGUGAACCAGCGAUACAACAAAUAGAGAAAGAAAAUAGUUCGGUGAUCGGUAUUGAAGAUAAACCUAAGAUUAUUAAUUCACUAAUUGUAUUACAAUCGAAUGAAUCUGGUUUAGAGGAAAACAACAAAACUGGAGUCUCAUCAGACCAUGAAGAUAACUACCUGGUUGAAUUUUCAGAUGAAAUUGAAGCACUGAAUAUUUCAAUUAUCCCUAAAAUCAAAAAAUUGGACAUCUUAUCAGAAAGCGAAGGCGAUAGGCUUUCAUCAUCGACCGUUGAUGAAACUCCAAAUGAAGACCGGAAAUAUAUAUUAUGUCCUGAAUGUCAGAUCUGCUAUAGGUCGAAGAAAGGCAUUAAAGAUCAUAUGCAUCAUGUGCAUAGCAUCUUAUAUCCUUCAAAUUACGAUUAUUCUUGCGACAAGUGUAAAAGGGGGUUCGAGGGAUUGAAAGAAUUGGUGGAGCAUAGAAACUCCCACGGAGUUCCUUGUAACCUAUGUAGAGAAAUUUUUCCAUCGGCCGAAGAAAUGAAUCUGCACAAAAAUCCCCAUCCAGCGCCAUACUCUUGUAUAGUAUGUUGCAGAGGGUUUGAAAGAGAACAGGAGCUCACAGUUCACACGUCCAUGCAUGAACUUAUGGUCGAACUUUCUAAAAAAACUGAAUUACCACCUAAACGUUUACCUUGCAAGUUGUGCGAAUUGAAGUUCCGAUUCAAGGGGGGCCUGGAGGAGCACGUAAAUCUUGUUCACUUGAAGAAAAAGGACCAUAAGUGCCACGAGUGUGCAAAAACAUUUGGAUCGAAGUGUUUGUUGAAUAUGCAUUUCAGGGUUCGACACUUGGAUGACCAGCCAUUCAAAUGCCAUUGUGGAAUGGCCUUUAAAAGAAAGGACUACCUGAAAAGGCACAAAGAAAAAAAACAUAAGCAAGUUACCAAUACCAGAAUAAAAACGGGUGUGUUCUUUUGCGACUUUUGUGACUUUAAAAUUGAUGAUAGAGUCAACUUCCAGAAACAUUUGAAAACACACGCGAAUUUACGUAAAUUCAAGUGCAGUUUUUGUGGACUUGGAUUUGAGCGUCUAAGGACUAAGUUUUGCCAUGAGAAGUCACACAUUGCCAAUCCUGAAAAAAAGUUCAUCUGCCAAAUUUGUUGGGGGAAAUAUAUUACACAAAACGACUUGGACAUGCAUAUGUUGUGCCAUAACAGAACUGAACGAUUUAAAUGUGCCCUCUGUCCACUUUCUUUCAUACGAAAAAUGCUUCUAGAAAAUCAUAUUCUGGAUACACACACCGAAGAAGAGGAAAAAAAGUGAUACGCUGUAUAGGAGAGAAGUAUUUAUAGUCGUAGGUUAUAAGUAAGGAAUACAAUAAUUAUUAGUGAUUUAGAUAGAGCGCAAAACUUCAUUUUCGGAAAUUGUUCCAUACAGGGACAAUCCACUGUGUAUCUUAUUGUUUACAAGUUGAAUAAAGUAUGCAAACAUAUU